AUCGCAUCACUUGCCGCCGAGCUGCGAAGCUGAUUGCUUGGCGCCUGGAGAACUCUCGUGAGCUGGGAAUCCGCAAGCCGAAAUCCGUAAUUGGGUUGACUACUCCGCCGGGGUGAAGUGUCGCGUCGGGUCUCACGAUUUCAAUUAAUCCGCCAGCGGCAAUAACACGCUUGUUAUUGUUAAUUUUUUAUUUAAUGUGCUUUUAAAGCUAAUCUGCGGCAGAGGCGAUUUCAGUGACUUUUGCGGUUUUAAGUGACCCAGAAAAGAGCUGGAACUGUGCGGGAAACUGGGUCAGAGUGCCAAAAUAAAAAAAGAGUCAAGAAAAAGACAAGAAAAUAUUGUGAGAAAAGAGUCUAGAAAGAAAAGCCAAACAGAAGCGUCAACCAAACGGCAUGAACUUGGAACGCAAACGGGCCAAGCUUUUAUAGUUGACCCCCCAACUGGCCACAGAUACCAUGAAGGGCAUCUGCGGUGAGCAGCUCAACAAUUGCAUGCUCCUCGGUGACUGCGAAAACAGUGACAAUGGUCCAGGGGGAUUCCCCACCGAGGGUGAGCCAGUGGAGGCUGAUGAAUCCGGCGGUGGAAGAGGUGGCACUUUGGCCUUUGCCGCCCGCCGCGUUCGGAAUCGACAGGUGCACAGCAUGGCCGUAAGAUCGGGCAGUGCCUAUGAUACCCUGGAACGACCCUAUCGCCACAACAAGCUGCGGGGGAAGUGGGCCAAGUCGGCGGACUUUUACUUUGCCAGUUGCACCCACGCCUUUAGCUCGUUGGUCUUCUCGGAGUUGGGCACCUUUGGACUACUGCACGGAGGAUGGUUAUUCUUCAUUAUCUCCUACCUGAUGGGCAUGAUCUUUUACUCCCUGCCCAUAUUUCUGAUCCAAGCAUUUCUGGGUCAGUUCUCGUCUUCCGGUUCCAUAUCAGCAUUUCGUGUGGCGCCCAUUUUUAAAGGCAUCGGCUAUGCCAUACUGCUCCUCAAUCUGGGCACUCUCACAUAUUAUAGCAUCGGUGCUGUGGUACCCCUUAUCUAUACCGUUAACUCACUGCAUGCCACAAUGCCCUGGAUGAGUUGCAAUAAUACAUGGAACUCGGAGAAUUGUUCCCGUCAUGAGGAUUACGAUGUGGAUGACAUACAAAUAGAUCCUCAUUCCACAGUAGAGUUCUUUAGGUCAACCAUUGCCUCAACGAUCGAGGGUUCGGGACCCAUGACCAUAUCCUGGUCCAUGCUCAUAGGGGUUUUAGCCAUUUGGCUGGUGGUUUUGGGCCUACUGCUUAAGCCAGUGGCUUUUAUUGGCAAGACCCUGCGCUGUGCCUGUGUUUUGAUGUUUGCCUUCUUCGUGGCUGUGUUCUUUUAUUCCGCUAUACAUGAACGCAUUGAUCUGGAAACCUUGAACUAUUACUUGAUGCCCCAACUGGAUAGCUUUAAUAGUCUGUUUGCCACGAGUCGUUGUGCCUUCCUGAUGGCUGGGGUGGCCCUGGGACCCGGUUGGGGCAGUGUCGUCACCCUGGCCAGUUACAACAGCUUCCGGAGCGAUGCCGAGAGACUGAGCGUUUGGGUUUGUCUCACGCAUGUGACCAUAGGAUUGAUGGGGCUGCUCUGCUGCAAUGUGGCCCAUGAUCACUUUGAGGAUCAUGUGGGCAUGAUCCCCUUGCAUGUGGAUGAAAAGCAUCAUAUGCAGUUCCUGUAUCUCUGCUUCUCCUAUUUCUUUGGCCGAUUUAGUACAACACCCAAUCUGUGGGCCUUUUUAUUCUUUGGAAUGAUUUUUCUCUCGGAACUCUGUGCCUUGGUCAUCCAAAUGAUGUCCGUAGUGACUGCCUUAUUCGACGAGUUCGAGGUUUUGCGUUCGAAAAGAAUCCUUGUUAUUGGCUCUCUGGUCUUUUGCCUGUCAGCCUCGUCUGUGUAUUUUUGCACUCAGUUGGGCUUCAGUCAGCUGACCCAGCUGCCCAAUCUGGCCAUGUUCACCCAGUUGUUUAUAUCGGGAGUCCUUCUAAUGAUGACCACCUGGGUCUAUGGCCGCGUUCGUUUCCAGUGCGAUUUGCAGUUUAUGCUCGGCAAAACGAUCUCAAGCUUUAAAAUAUUCUUUAUACGCUUCGCCACGCCCAUUUUUUUGGGAUUGUGUUUGUUCCAACUGAGCAUCUUGUUUUGGCGCGACCAGAUCCACGAUGUCCUCAUUUGGGUUAGUCAGGGCCUGGUCCUCCUGACGGCCCUCUCCUACAUGGUCUACAAGGUGACCCAAACCAAUGGUUCUGGACGCCAGCGAUUGCAACAGUGCCUGGCCCCACACGACUGGCAUCCCGUGGAUGCGGAUAAUCGGCGUUUCUAUGAGGAAAUCAUGGGCAUAUCCGAGAUGCUGGUGAUCGAUGCCAAUGCCAAUGCCACUUAGUGCCUAAAUACCGAAAAAUACUCUCUCUUAGAAUCAAAAAAACAGAAAAAAACGCAACACUUAAUAGGGCUAAUGAACUGAACUGAACUGAAAAACUCACUUUUAUAUACUAACACACUCGAUCACACUAACACCAACACUUAACACUAGAUUAUACGGAUAUCUAUACAGAUGCCAAUCAGGUGCAAUUGCUGAUCGUUGAUCGUUUUUUGAAUUGAGAAAGUUGUACUGAUAUUUUUCCAAAUGCUAGCUAUAGUGAACAAUAAACUGGUGAUAUUUGGUGUAGUUGCCAACUUAAGAGUUCAACAAGCUUCGGCCAAAAAAUAUAUACUGUUACGAAUCAAUAAAGUUUUACCUUUUUAGACAUGUA